AAAAACGGCUGCGGCUGCAUCUACAAACACUCAUCAUUUCUCAGGCCCCUUGAUGAAAAAGGAAAACACUGUGAGACUUUUUGAAUGUGGGCCAUCAGCACAGAGAUAAUCGCAGCGGCGUGACUCGGUUCGUGACUUUGAAUCAAGGAGGACACAGAGACUUCUUCUAAGAAACAGCAUAUCAAAAAGAGAAAACACCUGACUGCUCGAAACCCACAUUUUCUCAGCUUCUCUCUCUCUGUUGGGCUGCUUACCUGACUGCCAGGAAUGUGACUGAUCUGCUGCUGAGGAGCCAUCUGACUUGUGGCUACAAGCACACAGCUGGUUGCAUCACAUCCGACUGACUGUUGGAGUGACUCCGUGUGUGUGUGUGUGUGUGUGUGUGUGUGGCCCUGUAGAUCAGGAAGUGUGAUGCUGUGACAGUACAUAAGGAAGCAGGCUCACAAUGGCACCAUGUGGACCUCUUUGCUUGCUACCAUGAGAAGCCCCUGGCUGAAGACCCCUCAGAUGUUGGUGGUGCUGGUUCUGGUUCUGAGCGGUCUGACGGGGAAAGCAUUUUGCAUCAAGAAAGAAGACAUUAGACCCUCAGACCUCCCAUAUAACAGAACAACCCCAAAACAAAGUGGUGUUAACAGCAAAUUUCAAGUAGAUGCAGUCAGCAAUUGGACAACAGGAACCCCCACCAAAGCUCCUGACACUUUGGAUUUGGCUGAAGUAAUCUCAGGAGAUGUGGAAUCAGAUCCAACGGACCUUGAACCUGUGAAUUCAACGACCCCAUCAGAGGAGGAGGACUGGACUCUGGAUCCCCUCAUUAUCCUGAUUCCGGUGGUUCUGGCUGUUGUCAUCAUCAGUGUGAUAGUUUGUGGUAUUUACAUCAACCGCAGGUGCAACCAAAAUGAAGCAAAACAAGAGUUGAGCAAAGCAGACCCGUAUCUGGAAGCAUCCAGCACAGAGAAAGUACCCAUGCCGAUGUUUGAGGAAGAUGUUCCCUCUGUACUGGAGCUGGAGAUGGAUGAACUGGACCAGUGGAUCAAAAAAGACAGUUAAAAGAUGCUCUGAUUUCCACAGACACACGAUGAACUCUUGGCAGAACCGAUCUUUCCACCUUUCAGCAUCACAUAAACCCAUGAGCUCACGGAUACUGUCAGGAAAUGACUAGGAACAGGAACAGGACAACGUGAAACGUCGAUCAUACCUUUACCGUGGUGCAACACCUCCAGACAGUCCCCAGUGGAGCAAAACACACAACAGCUGGACUGCUUCUACAAGACAAACUCACACAGAGAUCCACAUGGUUAUUUAUCCAGAGUGAAACGUAUUUGUUCAAGACUUUUAUUAGUAUCCAUAUUUUAAUAGACAUAAAAUUGUGUGUUGAAAUGUAAAAAUGUGACAUUUAAAUUCAACAAAACUCAACCCUGCAGCGACCAGAUGUUCCUUAUUUCCUGCAUAAAAACUGUGUGGUCAGCUCAGAGUGUAAUUGGGCAACAGUUCCCUCCGUGCCUCGCAGAUGUCUGUUCACGGCUCCCCUGGUGGAUCUUCCUCUGCUCAGGCACUUCUCCCUCCAGCUGCAGACUCUAAUGAGGAAGACUAGCAGGCACGCAUGACAAAGAGCAGCUGUGUUUUUUUUUGUUGUUGCCAUUUUAGGAUUUAUACAAUGUUUUUAUUUUAAAUCUGAACCUCUGAAUUUACGAGCCUCUUGAAGAUUUUGAUAAAUGAUUGGUCUUCAGUGAAACGGCCUUCCUAAAGCUGCUCCUGAUAAGAUUAUUAUCUCACCACAGAUACCAGAGCUGACCAAAUUCUGGAUAUCCAUUGAUGCUUUCAGAUAUUUUGUUUCUGGUUUUACGGUCAGAUUGUUGGAUCUCAGCAAAUGAACACAGAAACAGAUGUGAGCUCUUCUUUCAGUCUCUGGCAGUAUUGUGCAUUAUGUUGCAUUGUACAGAUUUCAGGACCAGAAUUUUUUUAUUGCCCUUUAUCGUCUGUUGUAAAUAUUUAAAUCAGUUGUGGUUUUAGCUGAUGAAACUUAAAAAUAAAAUUUUGGAAUGGAA